AUGGCGCGUUCAGGUAGAUCUCUGGACACUUUUCACUUCAUUUUAGUCAUCUUAUGGACUUUAUCGCGGUACUCGUUAUCCAGUCAGGUUCGGCAGGAGUUUGAGGUUCUGGAGGAACAGCCGGUGGGCACCUAUGUGGGCACCAUCGAGACCAAACCCACUUUCACAUACAGAUUCAGCGAACACCACCAACUCUUCUCCAUAAACGCGACGACGGGCGUCAUUUACACGUCGUCCGUGAUUGACCGAGAAGUUCUGCCGAGUAACAUCAUCAAUGUUGUGGUUCUGUCCAGUCAGCCAACCUACCCCACUGAAGUUCGGAUUGUGGUUCUGGAUAUGAACGAUAACGCGCCCGUGUUUCCUGACGCGUCAAUCGUGGUGUCAUUUAAAGAGGACGCGAGCAGCGGACGUCAGGUGAUUCUCGAUACAGCGACCGAUGCGGAUAUCGGAAGUAACGGAGUCGAUCACACCACAUAUCGAAUCGUGAGCGGCAACGAUUAUCGGAGGUUUCGCUUGGAUAUCACUGUUAACCCCAGCGGAGAGGGCGCGUUUUUGCACCUGGUGUCCACGGGAGGGUUGGAUAGAGAAAUUACCCCCUUCUACCAACUCCUCAUCCAGGUGGAAGACAAAGGAGAACCCAAAAAGUUUGGUUACCUACAAGUCAACGUCACCAUUCAGGAUAUCAACGACAACCCGCCAGUUUUUGAGCAGGAUCAAUACCAGGCCAGCGUGUUUGAGGAUGCCGCCAUCGGCUCUGGUGUUUUACAGAUAAGAGCCACAGACCAGGACGAGGGUGCGAAUGCAGAUAUCAACUAUUAUUUAGACGAGGGAACCCCAUUUCAGAUAGACCCCAAAGCGGGUACUGUUGUUAUUAAGGAGGCGCUAGAUUACGAAACCAGAAAAGAGUAUUCGCUCACAAUUCAUGCUGUGGACAAUGGCGCCCCCUCUCUGUCAGGCAGGUCAGAAGCGACUAUCAAAUUGCUUGACGUGAACGACAACGACCCCGUUGUUAAAUUCCGCUACUUCCCCACAACUUCCAAAUUCGCUUCUGUGGAUGAAAAUGCCCAGGUGGGUACGGUAGUGGCGUUGCUGACAGUUUCCGAUUCUGACUCAUCCGCGGCUAAUGGCAACAUCUCCGUCUCUAUACUUGGCGGCAACGAGCAGCGACACUUUGAAGUACACAGCUCGCCGGUCCCCAAUUUGAGCUUAAUUAAAGUGGCCAGUGUGCUGGACAGAGAGCGGAUUUCGUCCUACAACCUCACCGUCUCGGUGUCAGACAACGGCAGGCCUGUUGCGCGGUCCUCCUUUGCUAGUCUGGUCAUAUUUGUGAACGAUAUUAACGAUCAUCCGCCCAUAUUUCAGGAGGCUGUGUAUAGAGUAGACAUCAGCGAGGGCGUUCCUAAAGGCAGCUACAUUAAAGGGGUCUCGGCCACAGAUGGAGACUCCGGGCAGAACGCCAAUCUGCGCUACUCGCUGGUGUCUGGAAACAGUUUGGGCUGGUUUGCCAUCAGCGAGAACAGCGGUUUAGUAACCAGCGCUGCAGCCCUCGAUAGGGAAAUCGCAUCUGAAGUAGUGCUGAAUAUCAGUGCCAAAGACCAGGGCCUGCAGCCGAAAAUCUCCUACACCAAACUUGUAGUGAAUAUCACAGAUGUCAAUGACCAAAUUCCCACAUUCACACAAAACACAUAUCACAUUUCUUUAGUUGAGCAUACUCCCGCUGGUUCUGAACUUGUGGUGCUGUCCGCCACAGAUUCGGAUCUUGAGGCCAACGGCACCGUCCGUUUCUCGUUUGACCCCGAAACACCUGUGAACAUUCAGAAUCUGUUCAGGUUAGAUGCGCUAUCAGGACGCUUGAGUACAGCCACUGAGCUCGACAGAGAAGAAGAGAGCUCUCAUUUGCUACACAUCAAAGCCACAGAUGCAGGAACACCCCCUCUUUCCUCGAUCUGCAAAGUUAAUAUCACACUAAAAGAUGUGAAUGAUAACAGCCCAGUGUUUUACCCAGUGCAAUACUUCGCCAAUAUUAAAGAAAACGAGCCCUCCGGCUCAUUCGUGACUACUAUAACGGCAUCCGACCCUGACCUGGGUGGAAAUGGCACUGUCAAAUAUACCAUUACUGCUGGUGACUCUUAUAAAUUUCACAUUAACAGUAACUCUGGUAAAAUCACAACUUUAGUACCACUAGAUAGAGAGGAGAAAACCGCCUAUCAGCUGCAGGUCACAGCGACAGAUGGAGGAGGUUUACGCUCUCAUACACAAGCUGUAGUCACCAUCACCGUAGUAGACACACAAGAUAACCCCCCUGUGUUUAGUCAGAGAGAAUACAGCUUUGUUAUAUUUGAGAAUGUGGCCGUGGACACCACUAUAGGCACUGUGUUAGCCACCACAGUAGAUCUGAACACAAAUAUCACUUAUCUGAUAGCAUCAGGGGACCAGCGCGGUCUGUUUGCAAUCAACAGCGCCACGGGACAAAUUACAGCUUCAGGCCUCAUAGACAGAGAAGAACAGGCGUUUUACCAGCUUAGGGUGAUCGCCAGGGGUGGGGAAGUAACAGGGGAAGCAUUAGUUAAUAUCACAGUGAAGGAUUUGAAUGAUAACGCCCCUCAUUUCAUUCACUCAGUUGAGCAUGUCAGCGCCGUGGAGAAUUGGGCCACGGGUCACCAUAUAUUCCAGGCCAAAGCGUCUGAUCCAGAUGAGGGCACCAAUGGCGUGAUUGUGUACAGUCUCAGACAAAACCCCAAAGGCUUGUUUCACAUCCACGAGAAACAUGGAUUAAUCACACUCACUGGCCCACUAGAGGUCACCACCAGCUCCUACCAGAUAGAGGUCAUGGCCUCCGACCUUGGCAUCCCUCAGCGCACCUCUAGCCUCAUGCUCACAAUCGGCGUGUAUGACGUCAACGAUAACGCGCCAGUUUUUGACCAGCUCUCAUAUGAGGUCACCAUCUUGGAAUCAGAGCCAGUGAACAGUAGGUUUUUCAAGGUGGAGGCCACCGAUAAAGACUCAGGACUCAAUGGGGAAAUUGUGUACGACAUUAUUAGCGGUAACACAAAUGACGUUUUUGGAAUCUUCCCCGAUGGACAGUUGUACAUAAAAGCAGAUUUGGAUAGAGAAAUACAAGAGCGAUAUAGUUUAUUAGUGCUAGCAACAGACAGAGCGGUCGAGCCACUGAGCACAAGUGUUAACGUGACCGUCCUCCUCGACGAUGUCAACGACAAUCGUCCGCUUUUUAACAGCACAAAUUAUGUGUUCCAUUUUGAGGAAGAGCAGGGGCGAGGCUCUCUCGUCGGCCUCGUUUUUGCUGAGGAUAAAGACUUUGGACCGAACAGUGAGGUUCGGUACUCGUUUGAAACACCGCAGCCAAACUUCGAGCUCAAUGCCAUCACGGGCGAGUUGACUAGCACGAUACAGCUCGAUCGCGAGUCUCUCAUGAGACAGAGAGGAGCCACUGUGUUUAGUUUCACGGUCGUGUCGUCUGAUCAAGGCCUUCCUAAACCUCUCAAAGACCAGGCCAAAGUUCAAAUAUACAUACAGGACAUUAACGACAACCCGCCAAAAUUCACCAAGGACAUUUACCAGGCCUCGAUCUCCGAGUCGGCGCAGAACAUGACACAAUUACUCAGAGUGUCGGCCUCAGAUGUGGAUGAAAAUAAAAAUGGCCUUGUUCACUAUGACAUUAUGGAGGGAAAUGAGGAGAAACAGUUUAGCAUUGACAGCAGUUCUGGUCAAGUGACUCUAGUGGGAAAACUCGACUAUGAGACAACACCCUUUUACUCCCUGAAAAUUAUAGCUGAAGACUCUGGCGUCGUGCCGCUGUCGUCAACAUGUGUGUUGAGCAUCAGCGUUCUGGACGAGAAUGAUAACUCGCCCUUAUUUCCCAAAUCCACCCUCACAGUGGAUGUUCUAGAGAACAUGCGCAUUGGAGAGCUCGUCGCUUCGGUAACCGCAACAGACUCUGACUCGGGUUCCAAUGCUGACAUCACAUACAGCAUCUCGGCCACGAACAACCAUGGCACGUUCAGCAUCAGUCCCAACACUGGCAGUAUUUUCCUGAUUAAAAAACUAGAUUAUGAGACUCAGUCGCUGUACAAACUCAACGUCACAGCUAGAGACAAUGGGCGACUGCCCAGGUCGUCCUUCAUUCCUGUCAUCAUCCAUGUAAGAGAUUUUAACGACAACCCUCCUGUUUUUACACCUGGUGAUAUUUUCAAGUCCAUCCCCGAAAACCUCCCUGUUUCCACCUCUGUCAUGACUAUAACAGCUCACGAUACUGACGCUGAUAUUAAUGGUGAGCUUGAAUAUUCCAUCGUCCAGCAGACUCCAAGAGGUGGUCAUUUCCGUAUUGACCCCACAUCUGGAGUUAUUUACACAAACAAGGACAUUGACAGAGAGUUCUCCAACCUUUUUGAGCUAACCAUCAAAGCGACAGACCAGGCUGUACCUGUUGAGUUCCGUCGUUUUGCUUUGAAGAACGUGACCGUAUGGGUGACUGACCAAAAUGACAAUAUGCCCAUGUUUAUCUCUCAGAACGCUCUUGUAGCUGAAUCCAACAUUGUGAUCGGCUCCAUUCUAACUACUGUUGUGGCCUUUGACCCCGACGAGGGUGCGAACGGGGAGGUAGAAUAUGAACUAGUAAGAGGAGAUUCUGAUACGUUUAUCAUGGAUCGUUACAGCGGCGAUAUAAGACUAGCGUCUCAGCUUGUUCCUUCAAAACUCAUCUACAGUCUGACCGUGUCCGCGACGGAUCACGGUACAGACCGCAAGACAUCACAGACUGAGCUGACAAUCAUUCUCCAGGGUAGGGACGGGCCGGUCUUCUCCCAACCCAAAUACAUCACCAUUCUCAAAGAGGGUCAACCGCCCGGAACCAACGUCAUCUCUCUGGAUGCCUCCAGUCCACGUGGCACCGGUACCAAGGUGGAGUUUUUUAUUGUCUCCGUUCGUAGUGGUGGGAAGGCCAUUGGCAGGCUUUUCACCAUCGGCCGCCACACCGGUGUGAUCCAGACCACUGCAGAACUGGACCGUGAGCAGGGCUCGGACUUAUACUUGUUGGACGUGUACGCCAUCGAAGCAGACGCCAGCCAGCCCAGAACACAGCACGCAGAGGUUGAGAUCACUCUUCAGGACGUGAAUGAUAAUCCUCCGAUCUUUCCCACUGACACGCUGGAUGUCACAAUCCUGGAGAACAUCAGUGAUGGGUUCAGGAUAAUGCAGCUAACAGCCACAGAUGCAGAUGAGGGUCCAAACGCUCUGGUGACGUACGCCAUCAUCAGCGGAGCAGACGACAGCUUCCGUAUCGAUCCCGAAUCCGGUGAGCUGAUCGCCACCAAACGCCUAGACAGAGAGCGCCGGUCGAAGUAUUCGCUGCUGGUGCGUGCAGACGACGGUCAGCAGUCUUCAGACGUACGAGUAAACAUCACCGUCAAUGACGUCAACGAUCACACACCCAAGUUUUCCCGCUCAGUGUAUUCAUUUGAUAUUCCAGAGGACAUGACUCCAGGUGCUAUCGUGGCAGCAAUCUUGGCCAGUGACUCUGACUCGGGGUUAAACGGUGAGAUCACAUACUCUAUAGAGGAGGAUGAUGAAGAUUCAACCUUCCUCCUGAAUCCGGUCACCGGUGUGUUUAACGUCACUCGUCCUCUGGACUAUGAGUCUCAGCAGUUCUUCAUCCUGACGGUCCAGGCCCGGGACGGAGGUGGUCUGUCCAGUUCCGUCCGCGUCUACUUCAACCUGUUGGACGUGAACGAUAACCCACCAGUCUUCAACAGCUCCAUGUACAGCACGUCAAUCCUCGAGAGUUUGAGUCCAGGAGCGGCCGUCCUCACCGUCAGCGCGACAGACGCAGAUGAUGGGCUGAAUGCACAGCUGCAGUACACUAUAGUGUCCGGUGACCCGCAGUCACAGUUUACCAUAACUAACACGGGCAUCUUACAGACUAAGAAAGUGUUGAACCGAGAGACACAGUCGUUCUACAACCUGGUUAUCACCGUUAACGACUUAGCGCCACCUCCCAUGACCCGCUUCACCAGUACUGCCCAAGUUUCAAUCAUACUCCUGGAUGUCAAUGACUGCCCGCCCACUUUCACCUCUCAGAAGAUGGCAUACAUUCAGGAGAAUACCCCUGUGGAUACCGUUGUGUUUACCGCGCAGGCCACCGAUGCGGACAGUGGGCCAAACAGCUACGUGGAAUAUACCCUCAAGGGGCCGUUCGGUAACAAGUUUAGCAUUGGGAACAUCAAUGGUGGAGUCAUGCUGGUCGGGGAGUUGGAUCGAGAGGAAAUGGCGAAUUACACGCUAACAGUUGUGGCCACCGAUAAAGGCGAACCGCCACUUUCGUCAACCAUGGAGGUCACCAUGAUUGUUCUGGAUGUGAACGACAACACUCCAAGCUUCUCACAGAACAUCUACGACAUCGAAAUCGAGGAAAACACGCUCACUGGAACCAAUGUUCUCCAGGUUUUUGCCAGCGAUGCAGACGAGGAAACCAAUGGGCAGAUUCGGUUUUCCAUUGCAAGUGGGAAUGCAAAUUCCGAUUUUCGUAUUGACUCUGUAACGGGAGUUAUCUCAGUGGCAAAACUUCUCGAUCGGGAGAUGCAGCCUUCGUAUUCUCUGGUUGUUCAGGCAACAGAUCGGGGCAGUAGCCCCCGGACAGAUCGUGCCACCGUUAACAUCGUGCUUUUGGAUGUAAAUGACUGUUCGCCAACAUUUGAGUUGUCGCCGUACACCGUCAGUGUACAGGAGAACAUGGGAAUCCUGCCUAAAAACAUCCUACAGGUUGUGGCCCGUGACGAUGACCUGGGCACUAAUGGUCAGAUCAGUUAUACUCUCAGUGGUGGGAAUGAUGCGGGAGCGUUCAGUCUCUCUUCAAGCGGUCAACUCAACCUCAUCAGAACACUGGAUAGAGAAACUCAGGACAAAUACAAUCUUAUCAUCACCGCUCAUGAUGCAGGAUCUGUGUCUCUGAGCGGGUCUGCUACGGUCAUGGUUUUGGUCGGUGAUGUGAAUGAUAAUAUUCCAUCAUUCAGCUCCACGUCAUUCCACACGACCAUUCCUGAAGAUGCACCGACCGGAACUGACGUGCUGCUGCUUAACAGCUCAGACGCUGAUGUGGGACUCAAUGGAGUGAUCAGUUACAGUCUCAGUGGUGGGGACGGACAGUUCUCCAUAAACCCGUCAACAGGCCUGAUCAUCACCAGCUCCUUACUAGAUCGAGAGACACGGGCGAGUUACCAGCUGCUGAUUGUGGCCUCAGAUGGCGGGCAGCCCACACCUCUAUCCAGCUCUGCCACGGUGUCUGUAGUCGUGGCGGACAUCAACGAUAACCCUCCACGCUUUCACCAUCAUCCCUACGUCACCCACAUACCUGCCUCGACCUCUGCAGGCUCACUGGUCUUUGCCGUCACGGUAACAGAUGAAGAUUCCGGCUUGAAUGCUCAGCUUCACUAUUCACUCACCGGACAAAAUUCUGAAAAGUUCAAGAUUGACCCGAUCAGAGGUGCCAUCACUGCCAAUGAAAAACUCAAGGGGAGCUCAGAGGUCACCCUCACUGUCCAUGUAAAAGAUGGAGGCGCCAACCCUAAAACAGACAGUACGACUGUUACAGUUCGCUUUGUUAGUGGUGGAGACUUCCCCCAUAUUAGAUUGAAAGAAAAAGCCUUCACCUUCCCAGAAAACCAACCUAUAAACACUGUUGUUACAAAGGUGACUGGAGCCUCGCCCAGGGCAGGUCCUCUGUCAUACUACAUUGCAAGUGGAAACCUGGACAAUUCAUUCCAUAUAGAUCAGCUUUCAGGAGAGUUGUCUAUUAAAAAGUCUCUGGACUAUGAGAAUACAGAGAAGUACGUCUUGUGGAUAGAGGCUCGAGAUCAAGGUUUUCCACCUUACUCAGCCUAUGAGAAAGUAGAGAUCACAGUUCUGGAUAUUAAUGACAACCAUGCUGUUUUUGAGCAAGAGCCGUUCCACACUGAGAUUCUAGAAAACCUCUCACCUCAACGUGUGCUGAUCGUCUCUGCAUUGGACCAGGACAGUGGACCGAACGGACAACUGGAAUAUGCAAUCAUUGAUGGAAACAAAGAAAACAGCUUUAGCAUCAACCGGGCAACUGGUGAAAUCCGCACUACCCGACCUCUGGACCGAGAGAAUGUUGCUCAGUAUUCUCUGAGAGUGAAGGCAACAGAUCGUGGCAGUCCUCCAAAAAGCACUGUAGUCAAUGUCCUGGUCAGCGUGCUGGACGUCAAUGACAAUGCUCCCAGAUUCUCCAAAAUCUUCAGUGCCACAGUACCUGAAAAUGCUCCAGUGGGCUUCACUGUGACACGAGUAACAACCACAGAUGAGGAUGCAGGUGCUAAUGCUAUAAGUCGAUACUCCAUCAGUGAUGCAAGUCUCCCUUUCAUCAUCCACCCCAGCACUGGUGACAUCACCAUCAGCAGACCUCUUAACAGAGAAGACGUGGACCACUACAUUGCCAAAGUCUCUGCACAUGAUUCAGGAUGGACUGUAAGCACAGACGUCACAAUAUUUGUGACAGAUGUGAACGAUAAUGCUCCAAGAUUCAGCAAGCCAUCAUAUUACCUGGACUAUCCUGAGCUGAUGGAGGUUGGAUCAAUUGUGACUCGAGUCUCUGCCACAGAUCCUGAUGAAGGAUUCAACGGUAAAAUAUUUUACAUCAUCAGAUCCCAGACGGAGUAUUUUCAAAUAAACUCCAGCUCUGGAGAGAUCUUCAUUAAACAACAGCUCAAGUACCAAAACUUGACCGGCCACAGUAAUGUCAACGUUAACAGACAUAGUUUUAUUGUCACUGCUUCAGACCGAGGUAUCAAGCCACUCAUGAGCGAAACCACAGUCAUCAUAAAUGUAGUCGACAGCAAUGAUAACCCACCCACAUUUGAAUCUUCUUUUUACUUUACUCCGGUCACUAAAAGUGUAAAGGUUGGCACCAAACUCCUGAAAGUCACAGCCCAUGAUGAGAAGGAUUUUGGGCUGAACUCUGAAAUACAGUAUGCUGUAUCUGGAGGCAACAGUUCCAGCAAGUUCCGUCUGGAUAAACAAACCGGAUGGGUUAUGGUAGCAUCCUCGCUUAUUGCAGACAUAAAUAAAGUUUACCUGCUUGAAAUAACAGCAAGUGACAAAGGCAACCCUCCUCUCUCAGCUAAGACAUUGGUCAGAAUAGCCAUUACGGAAGAGAACCAUCAUACGCCAGAGUUUUCACAGAACCAAGUAACAGUCACAGUGUCUGAAAGUUUGACUGUCGGUACGGCCAUUCGCACGCUUUCAGCAAGAGAUAAGGACAAGGACAAGCAAAUGAAUGGCCUGAUUACGUACAACAUCUCCUCAGGCAAUGACGAUGGCUUGUUUUCGUUGAACAGUCAGACUGGCAUUUUAUCCCUCGCAAAACCACUGGAUUACGAGAACAAGCAAAAACAUGAACUCAGAGUUUCAGCAACAGAUGGAGGAUGGAUUGCCAAGACGAGUUAUGUUACAGUUAACAUCCACGUCACUGACAUAAACGAUAACCCUCCUGUGUUUGAACCUGUUGAGUAUUUCCCCAUCGUACAAGAGAACGUUCCCAGUGGAACUACGGUAGUAAAAAUGAAUGCGACAGAUAAAGACUCUGGACCAAAUGCUCUGAUGGCGUACGUCAUCCAGUCUUCAGACAGUGAUCUGUUCAUAAUUGAUCCAAACACAGGAAUCAUCACCACACAAGGUUUCCUGGACUAUGAAGCUAAACAGGUGUAUCACCUGACCAUCAAAGCCUUCAAUGUUCCAGAUGAAGAACGAUGCAGCUUUGCGUAUAUCAACAUUCAGCUGAAAGGCGCAAAUGAGUAUGUCCCACGCUUCGUUUCAAAGCAGUACUACUUUGAGGUCUCAGAAGCUGCAUCUAAAGGCACAGUCAUCGGGGAGGUGUUCGCCAGCGACAGAGACUUGGGAGAAGACGGUGUAGUUUAUUACUUGAUCUUUGGCCGAAGCAGGAGAAAGGGUUUUGGCAUUAAUAGAACGACAGGCCAGAUCUAUGUCUCUGGACCGCUUGAUCGUGAAAAAGAAGAAAAGAUUUCUCUCAAAGUCUUAGCGAAGAAUGCAGGGAGCAUAAGAGGGGCAGAUAUCGAUGAGGUGAUUGUGAAUAUUACUAUUCUGGAUGCCAACGAUCCUCCUGUAUUCACCCAGCAGCUCUACGAUGUCCAGGUGAAUGAGGGACUCUCUCCUGGAGGCCUGGUCACAUUUGUCAGUGCUGAAGAUUCAGAUUCUGUCCCCAGCUGGAGCAGAUUCACCUACGCCAUUGCUGCCAACAAUGAAAGAAAUACCUUCACUAUAAACCCCCAGACUGGACAGGUAUCUGUGGCUGCAGAACUUGACAGAGAGACCAUUCCUGUGUACAACCUCACUCUUCUUGCAGUGGACUCGGGUUCUCCAGCUGCCACUGGUAGUGCCAUUUUGAUUGUGAGCCUGGAGGACAUAAAUGAUAAUGGACCAGCCUUGCUGACUACAAGUGGGGAGGUGAUGGAGAACCAGAGAUCAGGAACGCCUGUGAUGACCCUCAGUUCAAGUGAUCCAGAUCUUGCACCAAAUCAAGGUCCAUUCUCCUACAGCCUUAUCAGCACUGGAUCAGCAUCCAGAUACUUUAACCUCAGCCCGGCUGGAGAGCUGACAACCAGCCGAGAGAUUGACAGAGAGCAGAUCAGUGAUUUCUACCUCUCUGUGAUGAUCAAGGACUCUGGUAUUCCUCAAAUGUCCUCAACAGGAACCGUCCAUGUCAAAGUCAAUGAUCAGAAUGAUAAUCCCUCUGAGUCUCGUUCUGUGGAAAUCUAUGUCUAUUAUUUUGGUAACAUGUUCCCUGGAGGAUCUCUGGGCAUGGUGAAGCCACAGGAUCCAGAUAUAAAGGACACAUUCCACUGUUCUCUGACUCCCCCAGCAGCAGCUCCCUUCAGCAUUCCUAUAGGAACCUGUAACCUCAACUCCAACAGUCGCUCAACUGAUGGCACGUUUGAUUUAACGGUGCGUAGCAGUGAUGGGGUUCAUGAUGCUGUCAACAGCCAUGUGCGCAUUUUCUUUAUCGGAUUCAAUAAUGCCACAAUUGACAACAGCAUUCUGAUACGUCUCGUCUCUCAAAGCGCCAGCACCUUCCUCACCAAUCACUACCUCAGUUUCUUGCGUAUUGCCAACUCACAGCUAGCAGGUCUGGGCACCGGAGUUAACAUCUAUGGGGUGUUUGAACUCAACAACAACACUUUCCUAAUGACCGCAGUCAAGCGAGGUCAUGGACAGUAUGUAAAUCCGAGCGGAGUGGCCACUUUCUUCCAGAGCAUCAAGGAGAUUCUGCACAGACAAAGUGGAGUUAAGAUAGACUCCGUGGAUCAUGAUCCCUGCUCCCAUAAUCCAUGUCAAAACGGGGGCAGCUGUAAGAGGCGUCUGGGGGUGGGACCUGACAUAAAGACGGAGGAGAGUGUCCCAGUCAUUCUUGUUUCAAAUCGCCCCCUACAGCCUUACGCCUGUAACUGCAGGCCAGGAUAUGCAGGUGCCCUAUGUGAAACCGACAUCGAUGAGUGCCAGCCGACACCUUGCCACAAUGGAGGAACUUGCCACAACUUGGUGGGUGGAUUCUCCUGCUCUUGUCCAGAAGGUUUCACUGGGAUGGCCUGUGAGAGGGACAUCAAUGAGUGCCUUUCAAACCCCUGCCAGAAUGGGGCACUAUGCCAGAAUUACCCUGGGGGCUUUAACUGCCUGUGCAAGUCUGGAUUUGCAGGGAAAACCUGUGACUCCAUCAUCAAUUACUGUGAGUGUAACCCCUGUUUUAAUGGGGGCUCCUGCCAGAACCGAGUGGACGGCUAUUACUGCCACUGUCCUUUUGGUGUUUUUGGAAAACAUUGUGAACUCAACAGUUAUGGGUUUGAGGAGCUCUCGUACAUGGAGUUCCCCAGUCUCGACCCAAACAACAACUACAUCUACAUAAAGUUUGCCACGCUCAAGGAGAACGCCUUGCUCUUGUACAAUCAUGACAACCAGACCGGCGACAGGGCCGAGUUUCUGGCCCUUGAGGUCUUCGAAGGCAGAAUGAGGUUCUCAUUUAAUCUGGGAGGCGGCACUUACAAACUCGUGACGACCAUCAGGGUCUCAGACGGCCAGUUCCACACGGUCAUCGCUAGGAGAGCAGGCAUGGCGGCGUCUCUGACUGUUGAUCUGUGUGGAGAUGAGCAGGAUCCAGGAUACUGUGCUGUCAGCAGUGUGGCCAUUCAUACCGACUGGAUUCUGGACGUUCAGCCGAAUUGUCUGUCUGUUGGCGGCGUUCGGACGAUUGAAGCUCUUCUGCAUCGUAAAGGUCAAGUGAGCACACAUGACUUUGUGGGGUGCAUCAUGGAGUUUGCAGUCAAUGGACGUCCACUGGAGCCGUCGCAAGCUCUGGCUUCACACGGCAUUCUGGACAGAUGUCCCAGGUUGGAGGGUGCGUGUGUCACUGACCCCUGCAGACAUGGUGGCACAUGUGUGGACAUGUGGUCAUGGCAACAGUGUCAGUGUGCCGAGGGAUUCACUGGACCAACCUGUGAGAAAUACAUGACGGCAGACACGGCCCUCUCUCUGGACGGUUCUGGUCGUCUGGAUUACAGUCUGAGUCAGAGCCGCAAGAGAGACGUGUUGCUGGCGAGAGCGCUGCAGGACAACGGAAGACCCGUCGUGGAGUACAGCAGUCUGGAGCUGAAGUUUCGAACACGCAGCGGCUCGGGAACGAUACUGCACGCGCAAGAAAGCUCCAACUACACCACCAUCAGGCUGAAGAACGGUCUUCUGCAGUAUGUGUCUGAUGCUGGUGGAGCCGGUAAGGUGGAGAGGAUUGUGGGAGAUGUAGUUCUGUCUGACGGUCAGUGGCAUACACUGAUUCUCCGGAGAAACAGAUCAUCCACAGUCCUCCGCAUCGAUGAAUUCAGCUCGAAGGUCAUUCAGCACAACACACAGGACUUCGGAGGGAUUGAUGUACACACACUGUCUCUGGGGGGCGUCCCGACUCGACCAACACAACAGAAAACUCCUCCAGGUUUUGAUGGAUGUUAUGCCUAUGUGAAGUACAAUGGAGAGAUGCUCCCCUUCAGCGGUGAACACAGAACUGUAUCCAUCUCUAAAACUGACCCCUCUGUGAAGAUUGGCUGUCGAGGCCCAAAUCUGUGCGAAAGCAGCCCGUGCUGGGAUGGGCUUAUGUGUGUGAAUCAGUGGUACACCUACCAGUGCGUCCCGCCGGGUGACUGCACCUCAAACCCUUGUCAGCACGGCGGCAGCUGCGUGCCCGGUGCUCGCGGAGGCUUCACCUGCAUGUGCGAGGAGUUCUACACGGGCAGAGUGUGCGAGAGCCUGGUGGCCUGUCUGGGCGUCCAGUGUCCACAGGGUACAGAGUGUAAACUGGCAGCCAAUGGAGGGUUCACCUGCAGUGUGAGUGCCACUGUAGAGGAGAUGGUUCUGCCCAUCUGGGCUGUGCCUGCGAUCGUAGGAAGCUGUGCUACCAUUCUUGCGCUAGUGGUUUUGAGUCUCAUUCUGUGCAACCACUGCAAGGGCCGCAAGAAAACUAAAGUGCCAAAAGAACAGAAGAAAACGAAGGAAAAGAAGAAAAAGAAAGGCAGCGAGAACGUGGCAUUUGAUGAUCCAGACAACAUUCCGCCAUACGGAGACGAAAUGACCGUCCGUAAACAGCCAGAGGGGAAUCCCAAACCUGAUAUUAUAGAGCGUGAAAAUCCCUACCUGAUCUAUGAUGAAACUGACAUCCCGCACAACAACGAAACAAUUCCCAGCGCCCCCUGUGUCCCGUGUGCUGGGCCAGAUGUCGACAUGGAACACUAUGACAUUGACAAUGCCAGCAGCAUCGCGCCAUCAGAUGCGGACAUCAUCCAGCACUACAAACACUUCCGUAGCCACACGCCCAAGUUUUCCAUCCAACGCCACAGUCCGUUAGGCUUUGCCCGACAGUCUCCGCUCCCACUGGGGGCCACCAGCUACACCUACCAGCCCACCUACACCCAGGGGCUCCGCUCGACACCCCUUAGCCAUUCAGCUUGCCCCACUCCCAACCCCCUGUCACGGCACAGCCCCGCCCACUUCAGCAAGCCAUCGUCCUUUUACCGAAACACUCCGACCCGUGAGCUCAAUCUUGCACGUCGCGAAGGCAGCCCUCUCGAAUUCCACGGUGAUGUGUGCCAGCCUGGCAUGUUCAACUAUGGCACUCGGUUGGGUCGCCGCAGUAAGAGCCCGCAGACAAUGGCGGGUCACGGCUCUCGCCCAGGGAGCCGUCUGAAGCAGCCUAUUGAGCAGAUUCCGUUGGAGAGCGGUCCGCCCGUGGGAUUGUCCAUAGAGGAGGUGGAACGCCUGAACACUCCUCGACCCAGGAACCCCAGCAUCUGCAGUGCUGACCACGGGCGCUCUUCAUCCGAGGAAGACUGUCGCAGGCCACUCUCUCGCGUCCGAAACCCUGCGGACGGAAUCCCGGCUCCAGAAUCUUCCUCUGAGAGUGACUCCCACGACUCCUUCACGUGCUCGGAGAUGGAGUAUGACCGCGAGAAACCAGUCUCCUACAGUUCUCGAAUGCCCAAGCUCUCGCAAGUGAACGAGUCUGAUGCCGAUGAUGAGGACCACGGAGGAAGGCUGAGACAGAGGAGGUACUCCAGCCGGCGUGCCGAGGGAGGGCCGGCAAGCAACUACAACACCCUUUCCGAACAUCAGCACCACACUUUACCCCACAAACUGGGCCAAGGGUCCAACAACUUCAACUGGGACAACAUGCUGAACUGGGGUCCGGGCUUCACCCAUUACGUGGAUGUUUUUAAAGACUUGGCACUGUUGCCUGAGAACUCUGCUGCUAAAGACAUCGAGAUGAAGAGCGGCGACGGAUCCAUCACGAUUCUGAACGAGGGUGAAGCAGAGCAGUACGUAUGAGAAGCACUUCAUCACUUCAUCCUCUGGGAAUGUCAUCUGGAGCUAUUACAGACACACUUACAAAACUGAACAUGUUGUUUCUUUGAUAUUUGAUUAGGACGAACUUAAAUGCAGUAAGGCAGGGCACUGAUACGAAAGACUCACUGUCAGCCAGAGUGCAAUGAAGACGAGCACAUGCUCUACGGACGAAGGGGUUACACAGACUAGUACUGCCACUAUUUGACACGUUGACUCUUGUCAUGGAUCACAUGACAUCAGUUAUGCUUAUUAUGUAAAGCAAUUGCAAAUUCAUUUGUCCACAAACAGUGUCCCUGUCUAGCCACAUGACAGGUUUUGUCUAGCAACCUGCAAUGGCCAAAUUGUGAACAGCGUUGCAGAUAUCUAAGGUUGUUUUGAGUUAGUGUUCACAUACAAGCCAAAAUUAUUGCGAACCACCCUGAAACUAAUCAAGUGUCAUACAUGGAGUAAUUUAUAUUAGGUAAACAUUGUUUCAAUGACUACUUUCUACUUUUCUGGACAACUAUUUGACUAGUGAAAAUUAGUAGUUGUGCAGCCCCCUACUACAGACACUCACGUCCAAGGAAUGGAGACACUAGGAGACUUUCAGAAGUGCGACAGUACGACACAUAAAUGAAGGGAAUCAGUUUGACCCCUCUGUCCAGGCCGACUGAGAUCAGAGUGCUGGAAUAAAGAUGAAAGGUCAUAGUGACCCCUACAGCGCUGUGGCCCUGUACUCUGGCUCGGUCCAUCUGGUUGAUUAUCCUGUCUGAAAGUGUCUGACCUCUAGGAAUCACACCCAUGAGUUCAGUGUUGAAGAGCAGGGCUAUAUUUGGCUCCGGUUCUUCUCAAACCAGCCAAAAGAGCAAGAAAGCUCUGGAAGCGUCUGCCAAGAGCGAGUGUUUCUCAUCCUGAGUAACUGGCUGCCAUCUAAAACAACAAAACCUCCAGAUAUGAGAGUAAUCAGGCCUCUGCCUUCUGGAUAUUUGAGGAUUUACCUUUGGGAGCGCAGACACUAUGACUCUCUUGUCGUUUGUUAGUGUAUUUCGAACGAACACGUUUGACCCGUCCAAACGCAAACCCCAACUGCUAUAAGACUAUGAACUCAUGUAAAUUUUGUAUCAAUGAAGCUCUUUGGUAGUCUGUGUUUUCUGUUGUCAUGUGUUUUUGUUUUAAUUUGUUUCUACUUUUGUACUGUUUAUUAACUUAAAUGUGCAGCAGUGUUUUUAUGGAUAUUUUUCAUAUGCUGGAAAUGAGGUUCUUACUUUCAAAGUUAGAUUGAACUUCUUAUUUUUUACAUUUGUUACUUAUGUAACGUCAGUAUUUUUUCCAAUAUUUUGAUAAAACUAUAACAAUGUCUGAUUUAUACAUGUAAAAACCAAUAACAAUAAAAAUAUUUAUUUAAAAAAAAAAACAUUUCAAUACUGAUGUAAAGAGAUACUGAAAUCAGGUUGCCAAGGGAAUUUAACCCUUGUGCGUCAAUUUAAAAAAGUUACUCAGAGGUCCUUAGAGGACAAAAAUGUCCACGUCAAAAAACUGCCAUAAUAAAUAUUAUAUAUUAAUAUUAUGUUCCACUUUCAAUGAGUUAAUUUUUUUAACCAACAUCAGUCCUGAUCAUAACUACCAAAUAUUCAUUCAUUUUCAGGAUUUUAACCAUUUAAAUGCCAGUUUGUUUACAUAAUGUCACUGUUGUUGUUUAUAAAAAAUAAAAAAAAUAAUUAUUUUCCAUAUAUUAAAAGCUAAGGGGAAAUUAUUAUUAUUAUUAUUAUUAUUAUUAUUAUUAUUUUGGGGGGAUUAUCACAGUCUGGGAUAUGUAAAUGAUUAGCAACAACAUUGAUUUUGAUGCAUGAUUAUUUUUUGUGUGGUGUCAGAUUUAAAAAAAAAAAAACUCACACUCAGGACCUUAGAGGACAAAAAUGUCCACGUCAAAAAACUGCCAUAAAAAUAAAUUAAAUUAAGUGCCAGUUCAUUUACAUAAUGCCACUGUUGUUUUUUACACACACACACACACACACACACACACACAUUUCUCAAUACACACAUACAAAACACACUCUGACAUCAAUACCAACACACACACACACAAUUUUAGCGGCAUCAUUUAUUCAAUUGGCCUGCAGUGCUCUAUAAUACAGCAAACAGAGAAUAGGGGAAAAGCUUGUAUUUGCUCCAUAGGCUAAACAUGAGAAAAAUGGUGCAAUCUGCUGGAAAAUAUUACAAAUGUAAAUUCUGAAGCCAGGGCUCCAGAAUGAAAGCAUAAUAUCACAGAAUUCAUGAUUUUAUACUUUAAUGGCACUGGGAUCAAAUAUUGCAGUUUUAAUGGGUUUCAAUGGGGGACAUUUUUGUCCUGAAGGUCCUGAGUGUAACUAUUUUGUGUACACAGUGUAUUAUAGAUGUAUUAUAGGAACUGAGGUUGAAAUAUCAAACUUCCCCCAAAAAAUACACACCUUCAGCAAAAUGUAUGCCGUUGGCAUUAACACAGCCAAAAUGAUUGAAAAAACAAAAAUGAAAAAGACAAAAAUGUCCCGAAGGUCACACAAGGGUUAAGAAAGAGUUUGCAGAAGUCAAAGCGAUUAAUGUUUAAGCCAUUAAGAAAACUUGAAAUAAAAAGUUUUAAUCAAUUCAUCCUAAACUUUAUGAGCUCUGAGGAUUUGGACGAAUGAGCCUUGAUUCAGAGCAGUCAAACACAACACAACACAACACAACUGUCACACAAACAUGGAGAGCUUUUCAACAACCAUUUACAUGUGCAAUUCAGUCUCCCAGAUCAAAGGGUAGAAAGUGAAAGUGACCAAAGCAUAUUUUCAUAUUAGCAUACUAAGUUUAGUGUACCUUUAACAUGUAUACUCUGCACAGAAUGUAAUUUCUCGGUAUACAUAGAAUACCCAGGUGACCUAUGACACUGCAUGAGAGAUACUGUAUCCCACAAUUCAAAACGCUCAACUUGACCUUCCAUUUCCAGUGUGAUGAAAUGAAAUUGAUUAUUACAGGUGCAAUUAAAUGUCUUUCUUGACUCAUAUGAUCAGGUUGACAAAAUAAGAUUAGAAAUUUUAAGUAACCAUAUUUAUUGCUGAUAACUGCAUGCCACUCAUUGAAUUAAACAUGCAACAUGAUGAGGUCAUAUGACAAUGUAGUAUACUGUACUACUGUUUAUUUCAUAAUGGGUAAAAUUAGUAAACCGUAUACAAUCUACAUGUACUGUGCAGUAUUUAAUUAACCCUUAAUGGUACUAUGUAGCCAUAUGGCAACAAUAUUUUUUUUCACUCUCAUCUUUCGGGGAAAAAACUACAGCAUUAUGCAUUGUUGUAAAUGAAAGGGCAGUCUUUAUAGUAACCAAUUAUGUGCUGUUUUUAAGCCACAUAACAUUUGAUGUGACAUUUCAGGAGAGACACCUGCUGAAGUGCUCAAAAAAUUGCUCUA